UUAAUAUAGAAGUUGUUGGUUUCAUUGCUUAAUGGUGAUGAUGAUGGCGAUAAUAAUAAAAUGUUUGCUGCUGAAAUAUUUAGGUUUUCCAUCAGGUCUUAUAGGCCUUGUUCCAUUCGAGAUCACUGCAACAUUAUAGAAUAAUGUAUUGACAUUAACUGCAACAUUUUUUUUUUUUUUUUUACAUUGUUAUGCCAGUUUUGGACUUGUUUUUGGUCAAAUGCAGUAGUUUGGGGCACGUGGUCAGCUCUGUUAUCAGUUGAUCUCUCUGUGUUUAAUCACAUGUGAAAACUCUACAGCCUUCCUAUCAGUAUAGAAAAUCCUGAUGCAAAGAUACAUGAACAUAGAUACUACACAGUAGUAAACUGUUUGAAAUCCAGGCUCGGGUACGGGUACCUACUUUCGGGUACUGUCUCUGGUGGUGAUGGGUUCCCUUCUCUCAAAACUGGUUUUUAUGAAGCAGGUUUUGAAGUUCAGCUUUCAUGUCUCAACGCUUUGCCACCAUGACGUUAACCACUUUGAAAAUAAACACGCUGUUAAGAAUAUUAUCUCGUCAAUAUUAUCGGAAAGUGUAUUAGUGUAUUAGUUAGAGACAUGAAUUGGUUUAGUUGACUCUCAAGGUGCAGUGUUGUGUUUGGUUAUACGACUUUCAGAUCGUUGUCUUGGGAACGAACCCUGACACCGUUUAUUGAUUUAUGCAUCCACGAAACCUUUCACAUUUUGAUUCCGUCUUCAUUCGAUAAUCAAUAGCUUCCACUUAACCCUACUAAAUCUGAUCUUUAGCUAAACUAGUAAGCCCCGUUUCAUUACUGAAUAAACUAUUUCCCUUGGCAGUCUAUUAUCUUAAAAGUAUGACUAAACCUUUUGUAUAAAAAAAAGCUGCUUGCAAUCUUGCAAAUUUCACUAAAGCAGUGCAUGGAGUUUGUAAAAUAAUGUUGUAUGUUUUUCACGAUGACUACUUCUCCCCCUCCUGUCUGUUCCCUGUUUGCUUGCUGUUUUUCUUUCCUCCAGUGAAGAUGCAGGAACUGUCUUCUUCUGCUCUGACCUCACCAACAGAACCCUGAUGAUGUUCUAGAAGCUGUUCUAGAACAGUUUGACACACAACUGAUGUGAAAAGUGUUUCAGUGUGGAAUAGACUGGAAACUGACCAAACCGAUCAAUCGCAGAAAUCCAGUCUGCUUUCCAGUUUGAUUACUACUGUCCAUAGACCUGUCCCAGGGCGAGCCAGAGAGAAGACCAACCAGUAACCCUCCUGUGUGUUUCUCCUCUCCAACUCUUUCAGCUUUGCGUUGCUAUUGGAUCGUUGCGCUGCUCCCCUUUCCAGCCCGCUGAAUCCGAUUGGAGGGCUGGGAGUUGGGAUCCCGCCCCUGCAGCUCCUCUUAGGCCACGCCUCCCUGCAGCUGGCCCAGCUCGUUACCGCUGCAACCUCCACUUCUGCCGCCAACCCCCCCCACCACCCUCCACUCACCUCCUCUCGCCCCCAUCAACCUCCUCACAGCAGCAGCUACCGUCAAUAACAUGUCCCGUCCCCUAUAUAACCCCUUAGGGGAUCAGUACUCUUCACAGGCCCAGAGAUCUGCCGCCCAGAUGGGGCAGUACGGACUCACACAAUCCCAGGCCGGAAGGGACCCUUUGGGGGCCUCCCGCCUUGGUCUGGGGUCUGGUGGUGGUGGUGGUGGUUCCUCCGGCCAGGGAGGCAUGAUGUCCUCGAUGGUGGCCCAGCAGAGGGGGUAUGACCCGGGGCAGAGAUCGACCGGGAUGACCCCGGAGAUGGAGACCUCCAUAGACCACCACAUCCGCGGGGCCAGAGAGGAGGUGAGGCUGCUCAGCCAGUUGAUGCAGCAGAAUAAGAACCAGCAGGUCUCACUGGACGCCCAAGACCUUUGCCUAAGUCGCGACCCCAUGGACGAGCUCUCGUCUGGGGGAGGGCUGGGAGGUUACACCCCUGGCCGGACCUCCAGCGACCAGCAAAGUUCCAUGGACCCCUGGUCUGGCUUCCUGACCCAGUCUGCUUCCUCCAAACUCUUCUCCUCCACCCUUCCUCAGUACCAAAGCCAAACCUCUGGGUUUGGAGGUGCGGGAGUGCUGGGGUCCACCUCAAGAGGUUCCGAGGCUCCCAUGAGCGCCUCGUCCGCAGCCUCUCGUCCAGCCCGGUACACGUCCAAGUCCGCCAGCAGCAUCCUGGCGAGUUUCGGCUUGUCCAACGAAGACCUGGAGCUCCUCAGCCACUACCCAGACGAUCAUCUGACCCCAGACAACCUGCCCUUCAUCCUCAGAGACAUCCGCAUCCGUAAGGCCAAUAGAACUAUGGAUGUGGACCCUCGGCCCAAGGUAGGCGGUGGACCUGGCCCAGGGUCCGACCACGGUGGUGGAGGACAGAGCAAAGUGAUCGAUUACGAACAUUCUCGUGGUACUAAAUAUGACAGUUAUGAUGAUGGCGAUAAUAGCCAACCCGAUAAUUACAGCUCGCGCAAUCCGCUCCCGAAAGAGAAGCCAAAAUAUGACAUGGUCAGAGACUCGCUGAGCGGGUACGCCGGCCAUUCCAUGACCUCCGACCUUUCCAAGCAGCGUACUCAACAGCAGCACAUCCACAGACCUGCGGUCCAGAGCCCCAUCCCCAUGACAGACACAGGCUCUCGCAUCGGCCUUCCUCUGCCUUCCAGCCAACCCCAGCAGACCCUCAAACCCCACGGCUCAUCCUCUAAAACAACAUCUAAGCCCAUGACCAUCCCUGUCCGCAGCGGAGACCAAGGACUCAACCGACUCCUGGCGUCCCAGAAUCAAGGCAACGCUCGGGGCCACGCUCAGCCCCGGUCCGGCCUGGUGGUUCAUGGUGGUGGAGGUGGAGCUGGGGUCGGAAUUCCAGGACUCGGGGUUGGAGGUGUCCCGGUCGGGGUUCCUCCUUCCACGACACCCCCCAUUUGGCCUUCCAUAUUCCCCAUCAUGAACCCGUCAAUCCCACCUCCUGGUCAUGUCCCGGUGACUUUUCCUCUGCCCCGGAUUGGUCCUAUGCCUUCCAUGCACCAGCAGAUGAACCUACCUCCCCCGAUGAUGAUGAUGACGAAGAGGUUACCGACCCCAACCAUGAUGAGCGAUUACUCCGCAGCUUCUCCCAGAUUCUUUCCUCAUACCUGUUCUCUCUGUAACAUAGAAUGUGCCCAUCUAAAGGUGAGUUUUUUUUGCCAUUCCUGUCUUUACCUGGAUUCUAAAUACUGUUUGAGAUUGUUAUACUUUGAGCACUGGUUGGUUUUUCUUUCCUCGAAGGCCAAAAUACAAUUUUUAUUUUUAUGUUUUGACCUGGUAUCCCAUGUCUGUUUCAGUCCCGGAUAAUAGACCAGGUGUUUUAGCCCUCCAGAAACGCCUCCAGCUGUUUCCGUUUCAGGGGUUCAAUCAAGUACAUAUAAAGUAUUUGAAAUCUCAAAUAGUAUUUGAACCCAGUUCUGAACCUCUCCAGACUGAUUGUGUGCCUUUUUAAAAGAAAUAUAUAUAUAUAUAUUGUUGAACCUCAUGUUGUAACUCAAGACUUUUGCUUCUUGUUGAAUCCAUUUUUGUGCGAUUUUGUCAUGUAUUUCACAGACGUUCUAAAAUGGAUGACAUUUUUUAAAUAAAACAGAAAAGCUUUUUUUUUUUGUAUAAAAAAAUGUUUUCUCCUCGGGGAAUAUGAAGACAUCGAAUCCUGGACUGAAUUCAACAUUAUUCUAUUGUCGUUAUUGAAAAUUGUCAUGAGAUAUUUAAAAAAAAAUUAGAUGUUUUUUAAUUGUAAUUUUUUAAACCUCCUUGAAAUAUUGUAAUUUUAUUUGAGUGUAAAGAUUAAAUUAAGACAUUCCGUUAUAAAAUUCAGUUUUAUUUGUGACUUUUGAUGACCGUGAUUUGCCAUGAGGAAGACGAGUGCUCGAAGACGAUACAACCAACGACAAGAUGAGAAGCUGCCAGAGAACAACCAUCAAUCAACCAACCAACCAAUCAAAUGUAUUUUUAAAGCCCUUCAUUAAUCUGCUGAUGUCACAGUGCUGUCCAGAAACCAGGAAGUUUAGGCUCCAUCUCUUAGACAUCGACCGUUGUGAAUUAAUGGACUAUUUAAUCUUAAUGUUUUUUUUAACUCAAACCCUGAUAUCAUUGUUUUAUACUCUUGUGUUUAAACCAGUGACACAACACACUACUUACUGCCUUUUAAUUUUCUUUAAAUAUACAAUUGAUUUAGUCACUUUGGGAAGUACAGUGUUUUUUUUGGGGAAGAAGAUGGCUGCUGAGAGGAUCCGUUCCAGAGAAGAACCCCGGAAGAUUCCAGAUGCUGCCAUUUUUUUUUUCUUCUCCAGCAUCAGACUUUUGUCGUUAAUCUUUUUCUUGGUAGAACAGAGAGCCUAUAUUUACCAUGUUAUUUUUUCCCCCAACAUUGUAUAAAUCAACUCCUGCUAUGAAAGCAGAAGGAAAUUGGACUCUGUUGAGAAAAAAACGAACAAAUGUAUUGAAAGUGCUUGAUUUAGAGGAGUUUGGGGGUUAUUGGUGAUGUUGAGAGGUGAGGAGGAGGAUGAUGAUGAAGACCCAGACUGAUUGUCUCUGUUUGCUGUUUUGAUUAACAGAACUGGAUCGAGCAUCAAAACACCGGUCUCCACGUUGAGAAUUGCCGUCUACUCGGGAAAUCGUAUCCCGACUGGAAGGUGGAAACUGUCUCUGUUUCACGAAAUGAAAGCAUCCAGUUGUCCUCCAGGCGCCGUCGGAGAACACGCUCC